UUGGGGUGGUUGGCGCACACGGCGGCUGGAGCUGGUUGCUGUGGUUACAGAGGCCUAGUGGUCGGCGGUGCUCUGCGAGCCCCGAGCUUGAGUGGAACUGUGUGUCCUGUCAGAGCUUAAGGCGGGAUGGAUUCGCGAUCCUUCAAAAACCCCUACUUAGACUAUGAGGGCCCGGCGUCCACUGAGAGGCUGUUCGACUCCGCGGGACGUUUAACCAGCAGCUUCAUUCAGCAUCUACAGAGCAAGAUCAGUGAUUUUCUGCAGUAUAUGGAAAAUGGGCUUUUAAAAGCUGAUCAGACUGAUUGCAGCACCUACACUGGAUGGACAGGGAUUGCUUUGCUGUACCUGCACCUGUACAAUGUUUAUGGUGAUCAAAGUUUUCUGCAAAAAGCUGUUCAGUACGUAAAUAAAAGCCUGAAAUGUCUUACUGGGCGCGUGGUAACUUUCCUGUGUGGCGACGCAGGACCCCUAGCUUUAGCUGCAGUUGUGUAUCAUAAGCUGCAGCAAAUGCAGGAAUCGGACAAUUAUAUCAACCAACUCCUCCGUCUACAUCAGUCUGUAGUGAAACCAAGUUCAAGACUACCCGAUGAGCUGCUAUAUGGUCGGAUGGGUUAUCUGUAUGCAUUAUUAUUUGUUAAUCAGCAGUUUGGCAAUGAGAGGAUCCCUUUGCAGUACAUGCAAGAGAUCUGUAGUGCUGCUAUAACUUCUGGAAGAAAACUGGGCAGCAAAACAAGUUUUUCCAAAAGUCCAUUGAUGUAUGAAUGGUACCAGGAGCAUUAUGUUGGAGCAGCUCAUGGCUUAGCAGGAAUCUAUUAUUUCCUGAUGCAGCCAGAGUUUGGGAUUGACCAAGAUACACUCCUAAAUCUGGUGAAGCCCAGUGUGGAUUAUGUUUGUCAACUGAAGUUUUCAUCUGGAAAUUAUCCUCCAUGUAUAGGUGAAUCCAGAGAUAACCUAGUUCACUGGUGCCACGGGUCACCCGGAGUCAUUUACAUGCUCAUACAAGCUUAUAAGGUUUUCAAGGAUGAAAAAUACCUGAAAGACGCUUCUGAUUGCACUGAAGUAAUUUGGCAGAGAGGGCUCUUAAAAAAAGGAUAUGGACUAUGCCAUGGGCCUGCUGGGAAUGCUUAUGGAUUUCUAGCCAUGUUCAAUCUUACUCAAGAUAAGAAGUAUUUGUACAGAGCCUGCAAGUUUGCAGAAUGGUGCCUUGAUUAUGGGAAACAUGGCUGUCGGACACCAGACUCUCCUUUCUCCCUCUUUGAAGGGGUAGCAGGAACUAUUUACUUCCUUGCUGACUUGCUGCAACCCACAAAGGCGAAGUUCCCUGCGUUUGAAGUGUAAUUCAAGCAUGGUAUCCAUAUAUGCUGUUGGAUGUGAUACAUCGUUUUCCUUUGCAUGUUGCAUGUUUCUGUUUUGGAUGUGAAACAUAGUGCCGACGGAGAGAUUCACUUAACCUACUAGUAGCACUCCUUCUCUGCUAAAUUCUAAUGUGUCUUAAGAAGAAUGUAGUGAAAGAGUUCUCUUUUCUGUACUGCAGUGUCUUGGAUUUGUUAUUAUAAGACCAGGCCAAAGCUUUUAUUCUGAAAUAAAAUACCUGCCAGCCACAGACGCCAUGAGCUCCCAAAGUUUUGAGUGACUUAGAGUAGCCAUAUUAUAACAGUUCUGAUAGAACUGCAUAUUAAAUCAUUUUUAUUACCUUUAUUUGAUGUGUUUAUAUGCAACAUAGAAACAAAUUAUUGUAGCAGUGUGUACAAUUUUGUUUCUAUAUUUAAGAAGUAUUUUUGCCACCAUUUGUUAUUAUAGUCCUAUGAUCUUUGAAGAUCAGUUGCCCAAUAAGGCAAAUCAUUGCAGGCGGUAUGAUGGUUUGAAAAACAAGGCACCUUGAACAUUCUUUUUAAAAAUGCUGUCUAUACAAAUGUGGAAAAUGUAAUUAAAAAACACCAUUCAAUUACCUACAUAAAAUACAUAUUCUGUGGUUGUAGCAAUCGUUUGCUUCAUCUUAAAACUGGUUUUGAGAAAUGGCCAGUGAGGAAAAACUGUUGUUAACCUGUGCCAUUUUUGUAAUGGUUGCUCUAGUUUAUCCUGUUCUUUGCAUAAUAAAUAUAUAAACUUGGCGUUCUAUAAAUUGUUCAACUUUGAUUCCCUUUGCUGACAUU